AAGUGUGUUGUAGGCUUACUUGGGAAUUUAAUUAAAAUGCUGCUGUCAAUAGGAAUGUUAAUGUUGUCUGCCACUCAAAUCUACACCAUUUUCACAGUUCAGCUGUUUGCUUUCUUAAACCUAUUGCCUGUGGAAGCAGAUAUUUUGGCCUUUAAUUUUGAAAAUGUAACACAAACAUUUGAUGACCUGCCAGCAAGGUUUGGCUAUAGACUCCCGACGGAAGGCUUGAAGGGUUUUCUAAUAAAUUCAAAACCCGAGAAUGCAUGUGAACCCAUAACUCCUCCACCUCUGAAGGACAACACGUCUCAUGAAUUCAUUGUAUUAAUCAGAAGACUUGAUUGCAACUUUGAUAUAAAGGUUCUGAACGCACAAAGAGCUGGCUAUAAGGCAGCCAUAGUUCACAAUGUUGAUUCCGAUGACCUCAUUAGCAUGGGAUCUCAAGACAUUGAAGUUUUAAAGAAGAUUGACAUUCCAUCUGUCUUUAUUGGUGAAACAUCAGCUAAGUCUCUUAAAGAAUUCACCUAUGAGAAAGGAGGCCAUAUUCUGUUAAUCCCAGAGUUCAGCCUUCCUUUGGAGUACUACCUAAUACCAUUUCUAAUUAUUGUGGGAAUCUGUCUCAUCCUUAUUGUUAUUUUUAUGAUCACAAAAUUUGUCCAGGACAGACACAGAGCAAGAAGGAAUCGGCUUCAAAAAGAUCAGCUUAAGAAGCUUCCGGUACAUAAGUUCAAGAAAGGAGAUGAAUAUGAUGUUUGUGCCAUUUGGCUGGAUGAAUAUGAGGAUGGAGACAAGCUCAGAAUCCUUCCUUGUUCUCAUGCAUACCACUGCAAGUGUGUGGACCCCUGGUUGACUAAAAAGAAAACAUGCCCAGUCUGUAAACAGAAAGUGGUCCCUUCCCAGGGAGAUUCAGACUCUGAAACAGACAGUCAGGAAGAAAAUGAAGUCUCCGAGAACACUCCUUUGCUUAGGCCGCUUGCUUCCGUCAGCACUCAGUCCUUUGGGGCACUGUCAGAGUCUUAUUCUCAUCCGAACAUGACAGAGUCUUCAGACUAUGAGGACGAAGAGGACGACGACAAUGAAGAUAUCGACAGUAGCGAUGCAGAGAAUGGAAUAACUGAAGAGAGUGUAGUAGUCCAGCUACAGCCCAAUGUGAACAGGAUUACAGAAUGGCAAAAUACCGUUUGAACUUCAGAACAAAUGGUGUUAACUGAACUCCUCUUGUCCAGAGAGCUCUACUUUUAUGUACACAUCAUAGGGAAGCACAUUGUGACCCUGCUGUUGCUCAGUAGAAGCAGCUGUUCAUAAGUGUUCUAUAUAGUUUAAUCUCAUUACAGGUUUCUUUGUGUUGUUUUUUUCCCAUUUGUCUUUUUAAGACAAGCGUUUUAACUGGACUUCACAAUGGUAAUGAGUAACAAGGGGCACUCCCAUCACUAGAGACGACAAUGCACACAGAAAGAGAUGUUAUUUCAGCACCUUGUUAAAUGGAGUUUAGCCAAGACAGUAAAUAUUUUUCUUGCUACAGGUGUAGGUAAGCAGAGGUUAUAUUGACAACGUUAUUUAUUACAUGUAUGGUACGUUCUACCCUGCAAAUCCAACCAAAAAAAAGUAUAUGGGUAUGGCUGUGAGGGCUUUUCCUGGAACAGCUAGUACUCAAUGAAAGAACAAGGUAGGCAGGCCUGUUUUAGUAUUCAUUUAUCAAGAGAUUCUCCAACAGAUGAGGGAGAUUGGCUUGAUCUCCAUAGAAAAGCAAUUUGCCAGCCCUUCCCAUUAUCCUAUUGUGCUUGCAAGAACUGCUGGAAGUAGUGAAAGAAGUUUCAGCAUCACUUAGGCUUAAACAUCUCCUGAGGAAAAUAAUCAGGAUACAAAUGUAUUCAUCCAGCACACUUCGCUAAAAGCAACUCAGUUUAUUCUUAAGACGGGUAGGGACCAGUGCAGAAAGGCACCAUCAGGCCACACCACAUAUAGAAAUACUGAAUUUUGUGUGUGCGCUAUUGAUUCUCAAAGGAUAUAUACCUCUAUACAGAGCAUUUGAAGAUCCAUUAGUCUGCUACAACUAUGCACAUAGAAAACUUAAGUAUUGGAUUUGAAAAUUGAGUGCUUAUAAAUAUCUAACAGGAUUCUACUUACAGUAUAUCAUGGAAAAAGAUAAAUUAUAUACAAUUGUAACUAUGUAGAAAGUAGCCACACUUCUGUAUAAUUAAACUGCAGAGAUUUUUUUUAUAUGGCCUUGUAUAGGAAAGUUUGAAAGGAUGUUAAUAAAACAUGUUUUCCACUUUAA